AUGAAUUCAUCAACAGUUUUAAAUAAUUUUUUAUCAUAUUCUGAGGAAACACUUAACAUUGGUAGUUUAACUAUUAUAACAAUAUUAAUUGUUGUUGGAACAUUUUUUUUGGCAUGUUUCUGUAUCUUUUGCCCAUCAAUCUUAUUAAAAGAUAAUGAUCGAAGGUAUGGUAGAUGUGAUAAAGAUAGUUUACAUAUAUCUGGAAAUAGUAAAAGAGGAUUAUUAUCAUUAAUGUUUGCUAAAUUAGAUGAAUUUGAUAGUUUGACACCAUUAAUACUAUCCCCAGAAGGUAGUAAUAAUAAUAAUUCUUUAGCUACAGCUAUAACAGAACAAGGGAUUUUGAUGAUGGAUGACAAUUCAUUAAAGAAUAAUUUAUUUCAAAAGAUUGUAUCUUCACCAGCUGCUUUAAGAAAUAUUUUAAGCCGUUCAUGUAGUGGAAGUUCAGUGACACAUAAAAAUUCAUCUUCAACACAGUCAAGUGAAGAUGGUAAAAUUAAUAUGGCACCAGAAGAAAUUAAACAGGCAAUGGUGGCAGAAUUUUUAACAACACAUACAUCAAGUAAUAGUCCACCACCUAUUAAAAGAACAACUUAUGGUGAAACAUUAAUUGCUCCAUUAACAAAUUUUAAUAAAAAUGUUAUGCUAAGAAUACAACCAUCAACUAGUAUAUUAUUAACACCAGAAAGUCGUGUAACUACAUUUGACUACACUACAUCAAAAUCAUGUGCUACAAUACCAGAAGAUGAUGAAGAAGGAGAAUCAAUUUAUGGUGAUGAUUUAGUUAGUAUUGAUAGAACAGUUAUUUCAAAUGCUAAUAAUCAAAAUAAUUAUAUUAAAUAUACUAAUAAAUAUAAUUUAAGUAUAUAUGGUAGUAUUCCAAGACCAUGUAAUACACAAUCACCACCACCACCAAGUUAUCCACCACCAACACCUCCAGAUAGAAGGAAGUUAGAUUUAGAAAAAUUUAUUAAACCAGAAUCACCAACUAAAAAAUCAGGUAUUUCAAAUUUAUCAACACCUACUAGUAGUGUUGGAGGUUCAAAUUCAAUAGUUGAUGAUACAUGUAGUAGUGUAAGUGAAGAAAGUUUUAUUGAAAAUGAAGAGGUAUGUGAAAAUAAUCAUAUUGAUGGUACCUAUCAACUUCCUAGAAUAGAUGAAGUUUCUGAAAGUCUUACUACCGGAAGUAAAACAAUUGAUUCAAUUGCAACAAUGGAAUCAUAUACUAAUAGUAAUUUUAUUAAUCCCCCUACAACAGGUUUUAAGAUGGCUCGUAGUGUUUCUGAACAAUUUGAAUUAGGUUUUAAUAAUAGAAAGAUAGACAAUCAAAAUUAG